AUUUAAUUUUGUGCGCUGAAAUGUCUUUUUUUUUUCGUACAGAUAGAAACUAUCAGAAUGUCCCAUUACAUUUACGACGGUCCCGAGGAAACGACAGUACGACCACCUCAGCAAGUACCUUCACAGCUGCUUACAUACAGCCAAGUAACUUCACUAAAGACGAGGCCUACAUCGGGUUUAUCGCAGCAGCCGUGUCGUGUGUGUUCUUUGGAACCACCCUGGUGCCCGUGAAGAGAGUGGAUACGGGGGACGGCAUGUUCUUCCAGUGGGUAUUCUGCUCAGCAGUAUGGUGUGUAGGGUUGGUGGUGAACGUUAUUCAAGGGCUCCCCAAGUUCUACGCCAUAUCAAUGAUUGGAGGGGCUCUGUGGUGUACAGGUAACAUUGUGGUUGUCCCAAUCCUAAAGACCAUAGGACUAGGUAUGGGCAUGCUGUUCUGGGCUUCUACCAACCUGCUGAUGGGCUGGUUCAGCGGGAGGUUCGGCUGGUUUGGGAUGCGGCCGGACAAGCUAACCAGGCCUGCAUUAGACUAUGCUGGUGUGGCCCUGGGUAUUGUCAGGACGAUAAUAUUAUCCUUUGUGAAAAGUGACGUCAUGGACAAGCCUGGAGCUGAUAACGAGCCGCUGCUGGAAGAACACAGAAUACAGGCCAACAUUAACAGUCCAAGUGAAAGACUUCCUUCGUCAGAACAUGAGGACUACUCUUGGGUGGAUAAACUUUCUCCUGUGAAAAAAAGAAUCACGGGAAUUACACUGGCGAUGUUUUCUGGCUGUAUGUACGGUCUUAAUUUUGUACCGGUCAUUUACGCACAACAGCACUACGAAGGAGCUACAGACAAUGGUCUAGAUUACGUUUUCGCUCAUUUCAGUGGAAUAUACGCGACAUCUACGCUAUAUUUCCUACUGUACUGUAUGUACAUGAGAAACAAGCCUGCGGUUUUCCCGAGAGCCAUUCUACCGGCUCUACUGUCGGGGACCAUGAGGGCCAUAGCACAGGCCGCGUGGUUCGUGGCCAAUCAGAGGCUACAGGAGAGUGUCAGUUUCCCCAUCAUCACAACGGGCCCAAGCCUCGUGGGGACAUUGUGGAGUGUUUUCUACUUUCGCGAAAUCAAAGGCAUCAGAAAUGCAGUUAUUCUAGCGGCUGUUUUUGCUGUGACAAUCACCGGGGCUCUGCUGACAAGUUUCUCAUUUUAAUUUAGCGAUUAAGAAACAGAAAAUCAAGAUGCCUAGCUCUGUGUCAAGAAAGGUCCAGGCUAUAGCUGUAAGCAUAAACUGACAAACGUACCCAACCUUAAUAAAAUCAUCUAAAAACAAGGUUUUUUCUGUGUGUCAGAAC